CUCAUCCGUUUAAGAUUUUCUGCACUGCAAUUCAGGCCAAACUCUCAUCACAGUUCACCGGAGAACAAUUUCACGUCCGAUAAGGGUUAAUUCAGUUGGCAUUUUCACUGUGAGUGAGCGGCAGUGAUAAUUACUUGCAUCUUCGUACUGGGAUACGUGAAUUGGUAGUACUAAAAGAUGUGCAAGUAAGAUUAAUGGCAUCGUCUUCUUCACAUACUUCAGUCCAUGAAAACAUAUAUGCAGAUCUCUACAAACCAGCCGUGAUAACUGCAGCUUCCUUUACAGUUGUGGCACUCAUUCUCUCCCUUUUUCUCAUCCUUCGGCAUCUCAGAUCAUACAACAAGCCUUCAGAACAAAUAUGGGUGGUUGCUGUUGUUUUCAUGGUACCUGUCUAUGCUACUGACUCGAUGAUAUCCUUGUUGAAUCCGAAGUUGUCUCUAGCAUGUGACAUUCUAAGAAGCUGUUAUGAAGCGUUUGCCUUGUAUUCUUUUGGAAGCUACUUGGUUGCUUGUCUGGGAGGUGAGAGAAGAGUAGUAGAAUUACUUGAAAAUCAAUCUGGAAAGCUCCUAAACAAAGCAUUGGUAGAAGGGGAAGAUGAAAAUUGCAGGAAACCACACUGGUCUCUUCGCAACUUCUUCAGGCGACCAACUAUUAUUGGGAAAAAUUUGCUCACUAUAGUGAAAUUCGGUCUUGUACAAUAUAUGAUUCUGAAGACAGUUUGUGCAUUCCUAGCACUCGUGUUGGAAAUCUUUGGUGUCUAUGGUGAUGGGGAAUUCAAGUUUCACUACGGGUAUCCAUACAUCACGAUAGUACUGAAUUUCAGCCAGAUGUGGGCAUUGUAUUGCCUUGUGCAAUUCUAUAAUGUGACUCAUGAAAGACUUCAACCAAUAAGGCCGCUUGCAAAGUUCAUCAGCUUUAAGGCUAUUGUGUUUGCCACUUGGUGGCAAGGUGUAGGUAUUGCGCUGUUGUGUUAUUUUGGUGUUCUUCCCAACCAGGAAAAACUACAAACAGGGUUGCAGGAUUUCUUGAUUUGUAUAGAAAUGGCAAUUGCAGCUGUUGCACAUGUGUUUGUCUUUUCGGCAGAACCUUACCAUUACAUUCCAUCUUCUUCUGGGUAUGAGAAGAUCACCACCACUGAAACAACCAGUGAGGAAGCAGUGAAGUUGGAGGAAGGUGACAGUAGUACACAAGCUGUGGUUGAAACAAAAGAAACUCAGGUCGAGGCUCCCGGAACAAGUGUGACUGAGAGUGUUCAGGACAUAGUGUUUGAAGGUGGUCAUCAUGUUGUCAAGGACGUUGUGUUGACCAUAAAUCAAGCAAUAGGGCCUGUGGAGAAGGGUGUGACGAAGGGUGUGACAAAGAUACAAGAAACCUUCCACCAAAGAUCAGAUGAGCAUGACGAUAAGUCGAAGGUUUCAGUUGAGGAGAGUAUUGAAGUGACUCUUUCCGAUGAAGAAACACAUUUGGACCGUUAAGAAAAAGUAGUAGCCCUUCUGCUGUAUCUGGAUUCUGGAAGAACAAUGUAGUUAUUGCAAUCAAAACUUUGAUGGAAAUGAUUCAAGUAAAUUGAAACGAAUUGCAGGCUAUAACUUUUAGUCGGGGCAAAAAGUGAUGACUUCUUCCAAGAGUGUGCAUGCAUUCAGAGUUUUAGACGCAUACUGAUUCGAAACUCUGCAAACGUAGGAAGCCAGGAACUAGUGUCUUAUCAAACUAGUUCUUUUAGGUAGAAAGGCGAUCGAACAAGUAUAAACUCACUAAAUUGUGAA